CAGCCGCAGAAUCGUCGGCGUCGAGCACACAACACCGUCGCGCGGACUGUCAGGGACGCGACGCAUCUGAUCUCGCGCGCUCAGGACAAGGUGUAAUCAAGAUUGCUUUGAAGAUUUUCUUUCUUCAUCAGAAUUUGCGUAUUCUAUUUGCCCUGCAUAACCUAGACUACAUAUUGUAGGCUACUGCGCUGGCACGGAUGCUCUAUAAGCUGCUCUGCUGUCUCUCUAAACUCGGGAAAAUCCUCAGGAGGUGAAUUUGUAUCCAUAACUACGGUCAACGAGAGUUGCUGAAUCUGGUCGUCCUCUGUCGUCUUGAAGUUGUCUUAUUGGAUCUUUUUGAGCAUCCUUCGGACUGUGAAUUGUGAUUUGCUUGUGCCAUGUUGGUUCCGCAAGGUGAGGAGAGGGUUUGAAUUGGAGAGAUUUUAACGCGGAGUGGUUGUGACGAGGGUAGAGAGAACCGUCCGCGCCAAUAACACCAUCUGCUACAGAACGCUUCUCGGUUUCUUCCAUACAUCUUGCAACAUACAACAGGAACCUUUGGAAUAAUCUUAAAGAAAACCUGUCGUCGACAAUACAUUUGUUUUGAAAUCCGUUGUGAUACAGUUGGGUCGAGGAGGCUACGCUUGCGGUUUUACAGUUCGUACGGUCUUGAUAGGUUUCUUUCUUUCCUUCUCGGGUGGAUCGUCUUACCACCCCCGGAGACUCCGAAUUCGAAAUGACCGGGCAGUGAGAGCUCGGUGGGGUCCGAUUUGGUCGUCCAGCACGGUAGCAUGGCCCCGUCCCGAAGGGACCGCGGAUGGGAGAUGACGCCUCUAUCGGGAUGCCUGCUCCUGUCCAUUUUGGUGUUUCAACCUGCGCUGACGAAGGUCUGCCAUGACUAUACGAAGGAGGGUGAGGACAACGGCUGGUUCUCGAGCAAAGACGACAGGUUGCCCAUUAUGGUGCUCAUGCCGAUGAACGAGUCCGCCCUGAUGAGUAGCAUUAGUCUAGGCAUCGAGCCUGCUGUUGAACUGGCCAUCCAGCACUUAAAUGAGUCACGGAAUUACAAGUUUUCACUCGUCACCAAGAUAUACGACACUGAGUGUGAUAACGCUAAGGGACUGAGAUCCUUCUUUGAUGCCAUCUGCUUCGGACCCAAACAUCUGAUGAUCUUCGGAGGGGUGUGUCCGUCUGUGACGUCCAUAAUCGCAGAGUCCCUGGAGGGAUGGAACCUGGUGCAGCUUUCCUUUGCGGCCACAACCCCGGUCCUGGCAGAUAAAAAGAAGUACCCCAACUUUUUCCGGACAGUUCCGUCGGACAACGCGGUGAACCCAGCCGUGGUCAAGUUCCUCAACUCCUACAAGUGGAGCCGCGUGGGAACCCUCACGCAGGACGUCCAGAGGUUCUCGGAGGUGAGGAAUGACCUGACCAAUGAGCUGGAGAAGGCGGAUAUCCAGAUCGCUGACACAGAGAGCUUCUCCAACGACCCAUGUGUGAAUGUCAAGAAGCUCAAGGACAAUGAUGUCAGGAUCAUCAUCGGACAGUUUGACGAGAACCUGGCCUCCAAAGUCUUCUGCUGUGCGUACAACCUCAACAUGUUCGGCAGUAAGUACCAGUGGAUCAUCCCGGGCUGGUACCAGGGGAGCUGGUGGGAGCAGGCCAACUCCACCAACUGCACCGCCAAGAAGCUGCUGACCGCCAUGGAGGGAUACAUCGCCGUGGACUUCGAACCGCUCAGUGCCAAACAGGUCAAAGGCAUCUCUGGAAGGACCCCAAGGGAGUAUGAGAUGGAGUACAGCGAAGUGCUGCAGCAGAAAGGUGUGGAGCCCUCCAAGUAUCAUGGCUUUGCCUACGACGGGAUCUGGGUGAUCGCCAAGACACUGACACGCGUCAUGGAUUUAUUGAAGCAAAAGGAGAGUCAGGACAUGUACCACAACUUCACCGUGGACGACCGGGAAGUGGGGAAGCUGGUGUUGGAUGUCAUGAACGAGACCAACUUCUAUGGCGUCACGGGUCAAGUGAUGUUCAGGAACGGAGAGAGAAUGGGCACCAUCAAAUUCACCCAGUUCCAAGAGGGCAAGGAGGUGAAGGUGGGAGAAUACAACGCCAUUGCUGAUGUCCUGGAUCUCAUAAACAACACCCUCAGGUUUCAAGGGGUGGAGCCUCCCAAGGACCGCACCAUUGUACACCUGCAGCGACGCAACAUCAACGUGCCCCUCUACAGCAUCCUGUCGGUCAUCACCAUCCUGGGGAUGCUCAUGGCCGGGGCCUUCCUGUUCUUCAACAUCAAGAACCGCAACCACAGGCUGAUCAAGAUGUCCAGUCCCUACAUGAAUAACCUCAUCAUCCUGGGGGGUAUGCUGUCCUACUCAUCCAUCUUCCUCUUUGGCCUGGACGGCGCCUUGGUGUCCGAAAAAGAGUUUGAGGCCCUGUGCACGGUCCGAACGUGGAUCCUCAUCGUGGGUUAUACAACGGCAUUUGGCGCCAUGUUCGCCAAGACCUGGAGAGUCCAUGCCAUCUUCAAAAACGUUAAAAUGAAGAAAAAGAUUAUCAAGGACCAGAAGCUGUUGAUCAUUGUGGGUGGGAUGUUGCUGAUUGACCUGUGUAUCCUAAUCUGCUGGCAGAUUGUGGACCCGCUGAAGAGGACUGUGGAAGAGUACAGCUUGGAGGCGGACCCCCAGGGGCGGGACAUCGCCAUUCGGCCGUUCCUGGAACACUGCGAGAACACCCACAUGACCAUUUGGUUGGGCAUCGUCUACGCCUACAAGGGCCUGCUCAUGCUGUUCGGUUGUUUCCUCGCCUGGGAGACGAGGAACGUGAGCAUCCCGGCACUGAACGACAGCAAGUACAUCGGGAUGAGCGUGUACAACGUGGGUAUCAUGUGCAUCAUCGGCGCGGCCGUGUCCUUCCUAACCAGGGACCAGCCCAACGUGCAGUUCUGCAUCGUGGCCCUGGUCAUCAUCUUCUGCAGCACCAUCACCCUCUGUCUGGUCUUCGUGCCGAAGUUCAUCACAAUGAGGACGAACCCGGAUGCGGCUACCCAGAACCGGAGGUUAAAGUUCAACACCAACCAGAAGAAGGAGGACUCCAAGACGUCCACGUCUGUGACCAGUGUAAACCAGGCCAACACGUCCAGACUGGACGGCCUGCAGACAGACAACCACCGCCUUCGAAUGAAGAUAACAGAGUUGGAUAAGGAGCUUGAGGAGGUGACGAUGCAACUCCAGGACACUCCGGAGAAGACGCCAUACAUAAAGCAGAACCACUACGGGGAGGUCAACAACAUCCUCAGCAUACGCAACUUCACGGACGCCAAAGACGGCGACAAAUCCAUACUGAAGAAUCACUUGGAGCAGAAGCCUCAGGCGCAGUGGGGCUCCAUGGAUCCUUCCAGAAUAAACCGAGGCCCCCUGGAAGACAUCAACUCACCUGAACACAUACAACGAAGGCUGUCACUGCAGCUACCCAUCCUGCACCACGCCUACCUGCCCUCCAUAGGGGGGGUGGACGCCAGCUGCACCAGCCCCAACGCCAGCCCCGGCUCCAGCCCGCGGCAUAGACACAUGCCCCCGUCCUACCGGGUGAUGGUCUCGGGCCUGUGAGAAGCGGUCUCCCCGAGCACCUCCGAGAAAGGACACGCGUGUUUGAAGAAGAGGAGAAAAAAAAAAAAAAAA